AAAAUAAAUUCCCCAGAAGUUAGGUGGAGACGUACUUUGUCGUAAAUUUAAAAAGCCACCAAAGAUAACGCAGUCCUCUGAAGGAGAUCUUGCAACAUUUUGUCUGCGUAGAAUAACAGAGGGCACUUUUGAGCUUUUCUAUCAUCUCAUCAAUUCAUUCAUUUCUUUCCUGUACUGCCUACUACUAGAUACGGUAACGGAUUAAAAGCAUGUUCCAGUUACCUGUCGACAGCAUCCAAAUUAUGCACCUAUUUAUUUGUAUUGUACUUUGCACGUUUAUUGGUAUUUGUAACGCGGGUGAGAUCUCAUACGAGCGGCAAGCUAUUGAUGGCAAAGUCAUACCACCUGAUGUUGCAACACCAGAAUGGCUGACCUCGACUAAAAUUCUUGUAAACGGUGGCGAAUAUUUGGGAUUUCUAAGAAAUGACGGAAGCUUUACAGUUCACAAUCUCUCGCCGGGGUCGUAUGUAGUUGAGGUCGUAAAUGCAGAUUACAUGUACGAACCCGUUCGUGUGGAUAUCAACUCCAAGGGGAAAUUCAGAGCCCGUCGAGUAAACUACAUUCAAACCAACUUCAUUCAGACGCUGCCCUACCCACUGAAGUUCAGGACAAAAGGAGCGUUUCAGUAUUUUCAAGUUCGUGAAACCUGGCGUAUCACAGAUUUCCUCCUAAAUCCUAUGGUGCUCAUGAUGGUUGUGCCAUUGCUUCUGAUCAUGGUUCUACCAAAACUGAUGAAUGCAGCAGACCCGGAAACACAGAGGGAAAUGCACCAGAUGCAGAUGCCAAAGUACGACAUGCCUGAGCUUUCAGAAAUGAUGACUUCUUUCUUUACUGGAGGAAACAAGAGACCCCAGGCAAAAGCAACAAAAGCCAUCAAGAAGAGACAAUAACGUGUUAGGACUGUGUGUGUCUGCAACUGAGAGAGACCGUCUGUAAAUACGGAGGACUAUAAAGUGAUUCAUCGUGGUGCACAAAAAAAAGUUCACCCUUAACAGCUUAGCAGCUGCAAAAGAAACGCAGGAAACUGCCCGAACUCAAAUUUUGUACAUACUAGUACGAAUUAAAUAGCACCUGUCGUA